UGCGUGUGCCAGCUGUGCGAGCACACCAACUUCACCUGCCAGACGGAGGGUGCCUGCUGGGCUUCGGUCAUGCUGACCAACGGGCGGGAGGAGGUGAUCAAGUCCUGCGUCUCCCUCCCGGAGCUGAACGCGCAGGUCUUCUGCCACAGUUCCAAGAACAUCACAAAGACCGAGUGCUGCUACACCGACUUCUGCAACAACAUCACCCUCCGCCUGCCCAUCGGUAAGUGCCGUCUGCCCAGCAUGGGACCGGUGGUGCUGGCGGUGACGGUGGCCGUGCCGGUCUGCGUCCUCUCCCUGGCGGCGGUGCUGGUGGCGUGCGGCUGCCAGGGCCGGCGCUGCGCCCGCGGCAGGGCGAAGCCGCCCAACGUGGAGGAGCCCCUCUCCGAGUGCAACCUGGUGAACUCUGGGAAGACACUGAAGGAUCUCAUCUACGACAUGACGACCUCCGGCUCUGGCUCUGGCUUACCUCUGCUCGUACAAAGAACAAUCGCAAGGACUAUUGUCCUGCAGGAAAUUGUAGGAAAAGGACGAUUUGGUGAAGUCUGGCGUGGAAAAUGGUGCGGGGAAGAUGUAGCUGUCAAAAUCUUCUCCUCCAGAGACGAACGGUCCUGGUUUCGGGAGGCAGAAAUUUAUCAGACGGUUAUGCUGAGACACGAAAACAUCCUGGGCUUUAUUGCUGCCGAUAACAAGGAUAACGGGACGUGGACUCAGCUCUGGCUUGUCUCAGAAUACCAUGAGCAAGGGUCCCUGUUUGACUACCUGAACAGAGGCACGGUGACGGUGAAGGGCAUGGUCAAGCUGGCGCUGUCGGUGGCCAGUGGCCUGGCGCACCUCCACAUGGAGAUCGUCGGCACGCAAGGCAAGCCAGCGAUUGCACACCGAGAUCUGAAAUCUAAAAACAUCCUAGUGAAGAGGAAUGAAAGCUGCGCCAUCGCGGACCUGGGCCUGGCGGUGAAGCACGACUCGGUGCUGAACACCAUCGACAUCCCCCAGAACCCCCGGGUGGGGACCAGGAGGUAUAUGGCUCCUGAGAUACUUGAUGAUGUGAUGAACAUGAACAUCUUUGAGUCCUUCAAGCGUGCAGACAUAUACUCUCUUGGGCUGGUAUACUGGGAGAUAGCCCGAAGGUGCUCCGUUGGAGGGAUCACUGAGGAAUACCAGUUGCCUUACUAUGACGUCGUGCCUUCCGAUCCUUCGAUAGAAGACAUGAGAAGGGUAGUUUGUGAGCAGAAGCUCAGACCAAAUAUUCCAAACCAGUGGCAAAGCUGUGAGGCGCUGCGAGUAAUGGGCAGGAUAAUGCGCGAAUGCUGGUACGCCAACGGCGCCGCGCGGCUGACCGCGCUGCGCGUUAAGAAAACGAUUUCACAGCUCCGUGUGCAGGAGGACUCCAAAGCCUGACGGAGCUCCCUGGAGCGAGAGACGGGAAUGAAUUCUUCUGUUCGUCUUUUAACGUGUGAUAUUAUUUUUAUUUUUGGUCUACCUCACAUAACGUGGUUCAGUAUUUAAGUGCCCAAACCAGAGCACUGACAUCCAGCUUUGUCUUUGGCCACUGGAAGGGGCAGCUUUUGGCUUGUAGUUCGUGUUUUAUACAGCAAGUCAAUGACUUGCUUUGGUUUUCUAAAGUAAAUUAGACACCAGGCUGAUUGCAGAAAGGUGCCUGAAACACCGCAACGGUGUAACGACACCUUUCGCUAUUGCGCUUUUUAUCCUUGUUGAAUCCAAAACGUACUGGAAAUAGCUGGUAUUGGUUAAAGCCUGUUUGCAAGAGAAACCACACGUUUUAUCCUCAAAUGAAGUCAAAGACCAAAUUUAAUCCAAAUUUUUUAUAUAUUUUUAUGCAGGAAUCUGAAAAGGGGUUCUCAGUAAAAUGCAUUUUAAAAUACUAUAUUUAUCAUUACCUAAGUAAAAAAGAUGGAAAUUCCACUAAGCAUAUAUAUUGUGAACAAAAGCAUCUACCUGUUUUUUCAUUAACUUUUAUUUUUAUUGUCUUGAUUUUAUAUACAAUAUUAUAGUUAGGGUUUGGAGUUAUUUUACUCUGUUCGUUUGUUCAUUGAACAUACUGAUCAAGGGACAAUUUUUCUGUUUACCAGUUAGUAGGAAAAAUAAUGGAGGCAAUACUUUUCUGAUAGGAUAUGUAGAGAUGGAAUGGGAGAAAUUCCACCUAAACUGAGAAAGUAUAUAUUUUUAAACAACAUCUUGCCAAUCUGUCACUGGUAAUGUUUUUUUAGUGCCUUUUGAUGUUUUUGGGGGAAGCUUUAACAAAAGUAGGGCUCAGCAAACAGUUGAAAGCUGGCAGAAAGGUUGGUUUCUUGCUGCUGCGACGCUCCGCGCAGCCCACCUCGCUGUGUCGGGGUGUGCGGGGACGCCCACGCGACCGGGAGCCGCGGCUGCGGCGUUCGGGAAUGGCAGAGCUCCUGCUCGAGGCCGUGUGCUGGAGCAGUGCCCCUGACUUCGGGAGAUUAACGUGCUUUCUACCACCCUAGCUUUUGGCUCUUAAAAUGAAUGUUUCAAAUGUACCUGCACUCUGGGCUGGAUCGCUGUUUGCUGUUGUCCGUCACGGCCUAGGGACCUGUUAAAAUGUAAAUUUAAAGCGCUGAUGUCCUUGCACAAAGCCAAUACAGCCUAUUCAGAUGUUUCCUAUGGAUUUCUGUAAUAGCACCAGGUUGGUGAAAAGUAUCAUAUUUCCAUAAUACUGCAAGCUAUAAAAAGCGGGCUGUUCUUUCAAAAAUCACUGAUGCUCUGGCAUUUUGUGAAUUCUGCCCCACCCUGUGGUCCACACAUUUGAAUAUAGUAUUCUAAUUUUUUUAAUAGCCAAAAUUAUGCAUUUCAUAAUAAUAUGGUUCUUUAAAUGCUUCUACAUCCAGGUGGCCCAUGGAAAUUAAGCCCAUAGAUGUUUCCAGAAUACCAAAGCUUUCCAAAAACUCGGCGUAGCACCCGCAGCUCUGUGCAAGUAAGCUGUUAGCUAAUUACGGUAUUUAAGAGCAAUCUUUCAGAUGAAACCUCUUGAAAUGGGGCUCUUACGUGGAAGAAUGGGUUAAACUUUUACUGAGUGGGACGGUCAGUAGUAUCAGUACUCAGUGUUUCAUCCUGACACACACUCUCGGGACAUUAUGGACUCUUUAUGGAUGUUAAUUGCCCCACAAAUAGGCUCUAAGGGUAAUUUACCUGUUUGCAUAACUUCCAGACAAGCAGGAAUGCCUCGAACGCAAGUCUCUGCCUCACUUCAUGGUCUGUUAGCUGAAUGGUGGAAUAUUUCUACUAGAUUGCCAGCAGAUUUUUUUCCCCAUUAUGCUUUCUGAGGUAUAAUCAAAGUCAUCUUACAGAUUUAAUUCUGAUGUGCUUCAGCGUGCAUGAACUGCACCAGGGAGCUCAACAGAUGCGUGCUUUCUAAGCUGUUUGAGGGGUAAUUGUUGCAACUGUAUGAUUCAAAGCGUGAUGCUGACUGGAGUAUCAAAAGAUUUGCAAACAUAAGAUCCAGGAUUUGUUCUUGUAGAUGUCACUUGGAAAAAAAUCUGUUAAAUAGGAACAAUCAAGGUUGUUUUUUUACGUGGGAAAAGGAAAUGUUUUAUCCAUUGAAGUCAACUUCUAUUGAAUUUGCAGCAUAAGGUGUCUGAAAUCAGUGGUAGUGGAGUAAAAGUAAUUUUAAAUAGUAUGCUGAUUUAGGCCUGUUUCUUCAAAAGUAUUUAAACUGUGCGGGUGAGACGAACUUUUCAGAAUUGCUUUAGCACUCGGGAAGGUGCCCAAGAGGAGCCGGUCCCUCUUUCCAGAGCUCCUGGCGCUUGCAGACCCAGUUAGCUCCUCUUCCAGAAAAAAAAAAGAAUCAGAUGUUUGUGAACAACCAGAGUAGCGUGUCAAACUAUGCUUUAACCCAGUGCUUUAGAGCAGUUAGCAACGAGGAGGGCGUAUCAAAGGGUGAAGUCUACUGAGGUGACAGAGCCACCUUGCAGGGUGACCUACCUGCUGGCGUGGGGCACCCAUGAACAACCAGCCCGAGGAACUCUGAAGAUGGCUCCAGCGUGUUUCUGGACGUCUGCUCCUCGCAGCGUGGUGCAGGUGCACAGUCACAGCACUGCUUACCCGUGCCGGAGCCGUAAAUUAAGAAACGCAAAUAGUUGUUUAAAAUAACACUGAAAUAACGGAAGGAAAUAAUUUUAAAACAGGAAGUACUGUAGCUUGAAAAGGAGAAUGCAAUGGAAUGCCCUCCGUCCCGAGGCCGCCAGCCCCUAUGCUGACAGCAGGUACGGUCUCUGUUAGCAGGACGGCUCGUGGUUGAGCAGGCUCAUGACUGUUCAGAGGGGAGCAGAGGGGAGAGCGGGGUUUGCUGAGCGGUGCAAAGAAGCCAUCUCGAUAGCAAAGUGUGUGAUGUUUGCAGCAGCCUUGAUGCAUUAAGACUCAUUAAUGAAAACUUGGUCAGCUGCCGUACAAAGCGCAGGAUGACCAAGGGACACCAUCAGCUUCUCUUAUACCACUUCUAAAACAUGUUAAUUUUUUUGCCUAAGAUGGGGUCGUUCUUUGAGCUUCACAGGGAGAGUGAUCAGGAUGGUCUCUAAGGAUAUUUCUUCCAUUUUAAAUUCACUCCUAUGCACUUUUAAUCUAUAUUACCCUUUGAAAGUGUCUAUGCCCUUGAAGUCUCUCUGAUAACUGUUCCAGGGAAUUCUGUCCUUGUGACGGGAUUGCAUGGUGGAGGAAUUUGGUGUCUGUGCAGAAGCUCCUCUGCCCAGGAACCGUGGCAGGCUUCAAGUGGCGCUGGGAAAUUAGGAAAAAUGUGCUUUUGGUGUAAGGGACUUUGGCGACCCGCGCUCGGGGCAGAGCUAGGAGGUGUUUAGAGGAGGGUUUACCGGGUUACACGGUAGUGAAGGGGCGGCCAGGGACGGCGCUGCCUGCUCCUGCCUGCGAUCAGGGCUGUGACUGGGGCUGCUCCCGCUGCUCGGGUGUUUCUUGAAGCCCUCCCCUGCUCCGGGGACCAAGGUGCGGCCUGUGCGCGUUGUGUCUACCGAAAUAAAUGUGGUCCCCGCCUUUGGGAGGCGCGGGUGGCUGUUACGGUGGCCUUACGCCGCAGCAUGCCCGGUUUUUAUUUACCCCGUGGGGUGGUGAAACCAGGCAGAGUGUUCAGGGGGAGCUCACCAGCACAAGCCUGUGUUCCUCUGCGGCUCCUCCAUGGUCUGCCCUGGGGUGCGGCCUGUUCCCCCUGCUCUUUUUAGUUUAAUCUUGCUUCAGACACCACUGCAACCACCAUCAGUAACUUCUUUUUAGUUGUGAAUGCCACUUUUUCUUAUCCAUUUUGUCAGUCUUACGGUGGAUUUUUAGGCUCUCUUUUUUCAGUUUCCCUCCUGGAGUUUCUGAAAAUUGUUGAACAACCCUGGAAUUUGCAGAAGACCCUUUUGUGCCAGGCCGGGGAGGUGUACAAGGGGAAGGAUGCUCUGCGCAGCCGGGCGCUGGCCUGACUCGGCUGCACCGCUCAGGUCACAGCUCUGCCCUGGGAAUACUUUAAAUCUUCUCGUGUGCGUAUCUCAUGGCAUGAGACGUUAUGGCCUGUAUGCGCUAGCUUUCACUUAGCUCAGUAUUUUUGCACUGUUUUUCUUUUUUCUUUUGUUGUUGAGAGAUAGAUGUAUGUUUUAGAAAACUAGAGUUAAACCUAGUUGACCAAGGGAAGCCAGUCGAUGUAAUAUUUUUGGAUUUCAGUAAAGCUUUCGAUACUGUCCCUCACAGGAUCCUCCUGGACAAAUGCCUAGCACAUGGCUGGGUAAACAUGUAAUGCAGGGGGUGAGAAAUGGGUUGAUGGGUCGGGCUCAAAGGGUCACAGUAAGUGGGGUUACAUCGGGCUGGUGACCGUACCUAGUGGGGUUCUGUAGGGAUCCAUCUUAGGGCCAGUACUCUUUAACGUCUUCAUAAAUGACUUGGAUGCAGGACUGGAAGGAAUAUUAAUUAAGUUUGCUGAUAACACAAAACUGGGAGGAGCUGUUGACACUCCCGAGGGCAGGGAGGCCCUGCAGAGGGAUCUGGGCAGGCUGCAGAGCUGGGCAGUCACCAGCCGUAUGGAGUUUAACAAGGGCAGGUGCCAGGUUUUGCCCCCGGGGCAGGGCAGCCCUGGCUGUACAGCCAGCCUGGGGAGCAGCUCUGCAGGGACCCGGGGGCUCUGGCCGACAGCAAGUUGAACCCGAGCCCCCAGCGUGCCCUGGCAGCCCCGAGGGCCAGCCGUGCCCUGGGGGGCACCGAGCCCUGCAUCGCAGCCGGGCGA